AUGCCGACGCGAACAUCCAAAUCAGGCCGGUCGUCGGCAGCGGUCUCACACAAGACGUCGAUGGCAUCGCGAGCGUCGUCGGUAACGAACGUGGACGUGCCUCCGGAGACGGAAGAUAAUGCACUGCGGGCCAAGGUGGUGCCAAUAUUUCGCGAAGCACAGAAGAACACAGCCUCGCACCGCAAGCUGGCGGUGACGCUGCGCAAAAUGCAGGAAGCGUGCUGCUACGAGCCGACGAGUGUGAGCCGACCAUCGGCAGCGGCAGCAGGCUCAGCAGACUUCCACGAGGACGACUUCAACGCGGAGUUUGUGCGGUGCGUGCUGCGGGUGAUGCCGGUGCGCAAGGCCGAGCCGGUAGGCGACAAAGUGGUGCGGUUCGUGGGACUGUUUCUGCGUCUGGCAAUCGAGAAGGACAACGAGCUGCUGGGCGAGGUGGAUGAGGAUGCUAGCACCAUGCCGGAGACACCGGGAACACGGCUGACGGGCGAUCUGGUAGACCAGCUGCUGCCGCUGCUGGUGGCCAAGGACAAGUUUGUGCGGUACCGCUCGACACAGCUGGUGGCACACAUUGUCAACUCGCUGGACGCGAUCGACGACGACCUAUUCCAGAAGCUGCGGACGGGGCUGCUGCGGCGGAUCCGCGACAAGGAGGCGAUGGUGCGGGCACAGGCAGUGCUAGGACUGGGCCGGCUGGCGGGCAACGCAGGCGAGGGCCCGGAAGACUCGGACGACAGCGACGGCAACAUGGCAACGUCGGGGCUGCUGGACAAGCUGCUAGAGGUGCUGCAGAACGACCCGAGCGCUGACGUGCGGCGGUCGUUGCUGGUCAAUCUGCCGAUCUUGCCAAACACGCUGCCAUAUCUGCUGGAGCGGGCACGUGACGCAGACGCGGCGACGCGGCGAGCAGUAUAUGCGCGGCUGCUGCCGGCUCUGGGCGAUUUCCGGCAUCUGUCGCUGUCCAUGCGCGAAAAGCUGCUGCGGUGGGGUCUGCGGGAUCGUGACGAGAACGUGCGCAAGGCAGCAGGGCGGCUAUUUCGCGAGCGCUGGAUCGAGGACUGUGCCGGGCUGCCGGCCGAGGAAGAGGGCGGACAGGCGACAGGAGCAACAAAUACCAGUGUAGACGGACUGCUGGAGCUGCUGGAGCGAAUCGACGUGGUCAACUCGGGCGGCGAGGACGGGGUGGCGCUAGAGGCGAUGCGCGGAUUCUGGGAGGGUCGGCCAGACUAUCGGGACGCGAUGACGUUUGACGAAGCGUUCUGGGAGACGCUCUCGGCAGAGUCCGUGUUCCUGGUGCGCAGCUUCAACGAUUUCUGCCGCAGCGACGAGAGCGGCAAGUACGAGUACCUGGUGGAGGAGAAGCUGCCGGAGGUGACGAAGCUGGCAUUUUACCUGGAGCGGUACGUCAAGGUGCUGGUGGACGCGAUCCGGCAGGCAGACGCAAAAGAGGCCCAGGUGGACGAAGAGGAGGACGAGGAGGAAGACACGGUGGAGCAGGAGUUUAUCGUGGAGCAGCUGCUGCACAUUGCGCUCACGCUGGACUACUCGGACGAGGUGGGGCGACGUAAGAUGUUUGCACUCCUGCGGCAGAGCCUGUCGACGCCAGAGCUGCCAGACGAGGUGACACGACUGGCAGUGGACGUGCUGCGAGACAUUUGCGCGCCAGACGCGGCGGGCGAGCGGGAGUUCUGCAGCGUCGUGCUGGAGGCGGUGGCCGAUGUGCACGACACCAUCCUGGACGACGUGGACACGAACGAGGAGGCGGCAGCCGAAGACGACAGCUUCCACUCGGCGCGAUCGGAGGUGAGCGAGUCUGGGGGUGGAAAUGGGAGUGGUAACAACAAGGGCAACCAUGGUGGGACUGGGAAUGGAAAGACCAACAGCAACAAAGCCAAAGAGCCCCCUACCGAAGAAGAAGUGCAGGCCAAGGCGAUCAAGGAGAUUAUGAUCAACAUGAAGUGUCUGCACAUUGUGCAGUGCAUGCUGUCGAACGUGUCGGGCAGCCUGCAGAAGAACGACCACCUGGUGGCGAUGCUGAACAACCUGGUGGUGCCGGCAGUGCGCAGUCACGAGGCACCAGUGCGAGAGCGCGGGCUGGUGUGUCUGGGGCUGUGCGCGCUGCUGGACCGAUCGCUGGCAGAGGAGAACCUGGACGUGUUUAUGCGCUUCUACAGCAAGGGCCACACGGCACUGCAGAUGACAGCGCUGCAGAUCCUGACGGACAUGUUGAACGUACACGGGGCCCAGCUGCUGUCGACGAGUGCGGCGCUGCUGCGGAUGUACGUGCGGGCGUUACGAUCGGGUGCGCGGGCGCCCGAGGUGCAGGCGACGGCCGUCGUGGCCGUGUCGAAGCUGCUGCUCGGACGCGUGGUCACAGAGCCAGACGUGGCGGCUGAGCUGCUCCGGACGCUCGUCGUCGCCUAUUUUGAGCCGGCCAGCGCCGGCAAUCAAGGCGUGCGUCAGGCUCUCAACUACUUUCUGCCUGUCUUUUGCUUCUCGCGGCCCGAAAACCAGGCCCUGAUGCAGGCCGUCGCUCCGGAUGCCCUGCACGCCCUCUUCAACGUGCGUGAGGGCCUUGAGGACGACGAUGCCGAUGUCGGCACCGAGAUGGUCAGCCUGGCCACUGUCGGCGCCUGUCUGGUCGACUGGACAGAUCCACGCAAGUGCUACAGUCCCGACAGCAUCACCGUCGAUGGGAUUGAGCGAAAGAAUGUCAACGGCGACGUCCAUCUGGACUUUGCGGCCGCCAUCAUGGAGCGGCUGCACGGGAACGCGAGCAAAGAAGAAAAGAAAAUACUCGCUCCCCUCCUCGGAAAACUCUACAUCUCUCCGACCUCCUCCGAAGACAAGAUUCGUACCCUCUACGAAGACGUGUCCGAGGCCGUCGACAGCCAGCUGCUCGCCGACGCCACCAGCCGCAACGCCCUCUACAAGAUCCACGUCAGCCUCGGCAAGAUCGUCAACGGACUCGACCAGGCUGCCGCCGGCUCCAUCGCCGCCCGUCGCAGCACCAGCCGGUCUACGUCGCUCGGCCCCGAUGACCGCGACCGCGACCGCGACCGCGAUCAUGACCGUACCGUCGUCGUCGAGCCGCGCAUCAAUGAGGAGGACGAGGCUGAGUCCGAGCUCGACGACGACGAUGCCGCCAACCAGACUGCCCAGACCGUCGUGCUCGCAGAUGAUGACUCGCUCGUGGAUGACCUACUGGAUGACUAA